UUUCAAUUCAUUCAAUUCAUUCAUUUACGAUGUUGAAUGGUCGCUCUUAUAUGGUCAUCUGCCAUCAUGUCUAAGAAAAUGAUCUUCCUCAUGGGAGCCCCCACCGUUCAGAGCCUCCACUGGGAUGAAACAGAGCUCCUCAACGAACCUACCUUUCCUUUUGAGAACGAAGGGCACCGGCCUUCGUCGGACACGCAGCCAGUCAAAUGGAGAUUGUUACCCAAGCGUGGGGCUCUCGAGGAGAACCUAUACGGAGCCGGAGUCACCCAGUUCUUGACGACCCGAGAUCUUACCAACCGCGAGGGGGAUAACCCCGAUGGGAGUAUCCCCUCAGAACUCCCUGAGGACUCGAUGCUCUCGCAAUUCUACAACCAUUCCUUCACGGUCCACGAGACCUCGACGGUGUCUGCGCCCGGUUCCAUGGAGGAGAGCGACCUCUGGGCUGGCAGCACGGCGACUUCAAUCGCGACUAGUAACGAGGGUGACAAAGAGGCUCCAGGGCCCAUGCCGCCGAUCCAGGGACCGGUGAUCGACCUCCAGGACAUCCCCAGUGCGAGAUACCUCGAGUCCAUUGUGCCCCAGACCAUGACGGUCAACCUGAUUGUCAGUAUCAUCACAAUUCACCCGCCACGUCGCAUUGUGACGCGACAGUGGAAGAAGGAACUGGAUCUCGUUGAGAUGGUCGUAGGGGACGAGACACGCAGCGGGUUUGGGGUUACGCUCUGGCUAGGCCCCGUGGACCAGACAAAGGGUGGUGUUGCCGCACGAGGUUGCGCUGAGGGAGGCGACCUGGGCCCCACGCUGGCGGGCCUGCGACCCCGCGACAUUGUCCUGCUGCGUAUGGUUGGCCUGAGCUCAUUCCGCGAACGGGUAUACGGGCAAAGCCUACGGAAGGGGGUCACCAAGGUCGACCUCCUGCACCGACCGCGGGUGGACGCGGGUGACGCAGGCGGUCUGUACAGCGCGCGGCAACUCCGCGACGUCCCUCAAACUCACCCUGCAGCCAAGAAGGACGAUCUGCCGUUGGCGAAAGUGAGCAAGGUCCGUGAGUGGAUCCGCCGGUUUGUGGGCAGUUCGCCGGAUGCGGCAGGCGGUGAGAGGACGGGAGUGACUAAUCCGAAACUCGUGCUCCCACCUGAUACGCCCGAUACUUAUAAUUAGAAAAAGGGGGGAGAAUACCUCAUGCAGGUGGAAAUUCCACCGUUUUACCUAUAUCUGCCCCCGGAUGGACAGUAUCACGCAUGUUGAUAUCGGGAUGAUCCUGGAUGCAGGAAUCAUUCCACCCAAAACCACCCUGGUCGAGGCGUUUUGGAUAGCUUGGGGCAGGAGGGUGGGUCAGGACACGCCAUGCCAAGCACGACCGGACUUGGGACAGGUUUGAAACAACGAUGGAUGCCGAAUCAGCGGCAGACGAUGGAUUCCAAUGACGGGGAACCCACACCGUGACAUUGGCUACCUGAUUAUUAUAAUAGAAUGUAAAUACAAUAAAAAUAAGAAUAACAAUCAAAGACAAAGAAAGGCAC